AUGAGAUGUCUAUCUUAUGUGCUUCUCUUUAUAUUUUCCAAAAUACAUGCCAUGAGCUUUUCGCGUCGAAAUCUUUUACUAAAGGAAGGAGUGGAAAAUGCGAUUUCGAAACUCAGUGCCAUGGUAAGUAACAAGAGAAGUAAUCUUCUUGGGAGCCACAAGAAAUUCCUCUCUUUCGCUAAAGAAGAUGAGGAAAGCGAGAGCACCAAUAAUAGUAGUGGUUCUCAGGAAAGUGAAAGCUCCUCAGAAAGCGAUGGUUCUCAAGGAAGUAGUGGCUCUUCCGGAGAAGAUGAAAGCAGUGAUAGUGGAAAAGAGGAUAUCAAAACUGCUGCCAAGGAUAUCGCUGCAGAUGCUUCAGAAAAAGCAGCUAAUAUCGCCAAAAAUUUACCAGCAGUACAGGCAGCAAGCGCAAUGAAAAAUGCAUUUGGAGGCCUGUUUGGGUAA